AUGAAGCACGAAGACGCCGAAUCCGACGACAUGGAGGAGAGGGACUACUAUAUCAAACAAGAGCUGUUCGUCGAUGAGAUCCAGCACACCAUCGAUGACUUUCGGAGGAACAAUGAACCUCUCGAGCUCCACUUCCUCGACCAAAUGGAAGGUGUCAAAACACGGGAAGAUUUCUUUCGAGAUGUCAUCCUCAUUCAGUCGGGGCAGAUGAUUCGGACUAGGGCUGCCAACCGUGCCGGGUUUAGCGCUCAUCACGCACUCUUGCGCGCUUCGCUCAUUGCCCCCAAACCCGGCUUCCCGUCGACGGGUUCCACCGGCCGACAAUACACGGCUUGGACGGGUGACGUGAAUGGUCCAGCCGUCCCGGCGAGGGAAUCCCGGGAAUGGUUCCGGUUCGGCUACCCGUGCCGUGCGUCGGCUGCCGUCUACCGUCGCACACGGGUUCGGCACGGGUGGAUGUUCAUCGGGUUCUUCUUCAAUGUUCUGCUUCUGGGGAUGAUGACGAACCAGAUCUACUACUACUAUUCUACCUACUACCGAACGGACAAGCCGUGGAUCAAAAUAUUCGUAUGCUUGCCCCCACUCUCGUCGUACAUUCCUCUUCAGCUCGGUGAUACCUAG